AUGCACCGCCACGCAGUCGCCUGGAGCUUGCUGCUUGCGGUUGCUGUCGACGCCGCCGUGACGAUCUGGGGCGUCCUCGGCAACCGCCUUCCGCGCACGGUCACCCAGCGCACGUUCACCACCGACUGCGGCAAUGUCAACUUCACCUACCCGUCGACGUGGGCGCCGCUCUUGUCGCCGACAUGCAUUUGGCACCCGCUCGGCCGCGUUUCGCGCGCCUCAAUGGAGAAGCGGCGCAACGGCAUGAACUCGACGGUCGCGGGCUUGAUGACGAUCAUGAACGGCCUCGAUGUCAACUUUUCGGACAACAACCGUGUCGACCACAUCGAGAGUCUCCCCAGCACCGUCGCCACCAUUGUGCUCGACGACCUCGGCAUUCAAACGCUCAACCCGAGUCUCGCGCUGGAUUUUGCCGGCGACGUCAUCUCGGCAUCGACCUUGUACGCGACGCAGCAAAUGGGCAACAACUCGAUUCGCUCCAUCGACAACAUUGCGUUUCCACCGACGCUCAAAACACUGAGCCUCCAAAACAACUCGAUCUCGAAACUGGGCAACGUCAACGCCAAGAACCUCGCGGCCUUGGUCCUGGACCGCAACCAGAUUCGCACGCUCGAUGGAACCGACAGCUUGCCUUCGAACCUCGAGGGCCUCUUUAUUUCGUACAACCAGCUCGAGACGCUCCGCGAUGUCGCCUUCCCGCUCAUGAUGGUGACUAUUGACGCUGGCGGCAACCGCAUUUCGCGCAUCCAUGACGUCACGUGGCCGCCGCUCCUCUUGCACCUGAAUCUGUCGUCCAACGGUCUCGUGAGCCUCGACAACGUCACGUUUCCGUCGUCGCUCGGCUAUUUGGAGCUCGUGGACAAUGGUAUCACUGAAAUCCGCGCCAACUUUCCAGCCGCGCUCCAAACACUCUGUCUCGCCCGCAACAACAUUACAGCGUUUUACGCCAAUGCGUCGCAGUUCCAGAUCCUCGCCAACCUCGCCAACAACUCGACCAACCUCACGUACAUCAACCACGUCGACGCCGCGGGGCGCUUCACCGGCACCGGUCCGUGCGACAUCUUUCUGAGCACAACCAACACCAACGCGACGUGCGUCGGCCACGUGCGCACCGAGCUGCUCUGGGGCACAUUUCCCAUUUGUAUCGUGCCCGACACGGUGCAUCCGCUGCCGCCGGUGUCUUCUUCGACGGGCGACGCCACGAGCAUCAUUAGCAUCGUCGCCGGCCUGCUCUUUGCCUUGCUGCUGCUCGUGGCCCUCGGCGUCUUCUACAAGCGGCGCCACACCCGGACGUCGAAAUGGCUCAUUAGCACGACCGACCGCAGCAGCGAUCUGGAAGCUGCGAUCUUGGAUCGCGCGGCCGCCGUCGCCAACGACGUGCGCUUUGACCCGCGGUUCCACGGCGCCAUCGUCCCCGCGCAGUCGAUCUUGUACAAGGAGGUGGUCGCCAAGGGCGGGUACGGCGUCGUGUACGUGGCCACCAUGGUGCUGCGCGGGCGUGAGACCAAGGUCGCGAUGAAGCGGCUUCGCCCCGAGCGCGCGGACGACACGGCCGCCGUCGAGGCCUUUAUGGACGAGAUCCGGCUCAUGAGCCAGCUCGAACACCCGCACGUGGUGGGCUUUCUCGGUGUCACGUGGACGCAUUUGCACAACAUUGGACUCUUGACCGAGUACAUGGAGCACGGCGACCUCUGGGGACUCUUACAAUCUCGCCCGCACUUGGCGUGGACCGCCGCGGACGCCAAGCGCGCCAAUGUCGAUAGCGAUGUAACCAAGGCGUCGCUGCUGCUCGACGUCGUCAAGGGCCUGCGCUACCUCCACGCGUGCGACCCGACGGUCGUCCACCGCGACCUCAAGGCCAAGAACGUGCUUAUUGGAACCAACUUCGUCGCCAAGCUCGGCGACUUUGGCUCGAGCCGGCUCUACGACGAGGACGACAACACGAUGACGUCCGAGAUUGGCACGAUCCCGUGGAUCGCGCCCGAAGUGCUCAAGGGCGUGCGCUACAGUGAGAAAGCCGACAUGUACUCGCUCGGCGUCCUCCUCUCGGAGCUCGAUACGCACCGCGUCCCGUACGCCGACUUUUCCCUCCUCGUGCCCGAGGCCGGCGGCAAUGUGCAAAUGACCAAGGCGCGCAUCGCGAUGCUGGUCGUCGCCGGCGACUUGCGCCCGACGUUCUCGCCGUCGUGUCCGCCGUCGCUCUUGGCGAUCGCGACAAAGUGCUUGGCCUACGACCAGACCGCGCGGCCGACCGCGAACCAAGUGUACACGUGGCUCCACCACCUCCACGCCGCGUGA